AAUCAGAAUUGGAGAAUACAAAUCACUGCAGAACAGUUGAGGAGAAGCAGCAAUCGUCCAGAGUGAAAUGCAAGAGAGCCAAUAAUGGAGAUCACAACACUGCUUACACUUUUAGUGCACCUAAGUGCAAUUACUCUUACAACACAAGAUUUGGUGACACUACAUGUGAGUCCCGAGGUUACUGCAGAGUGCGGCGCGCAGGUUCAUCUAACCUGCCAUGUGUCACCUGUGGAUGGACUGUCAAUCAAACAAUUGGUUUGGUCCCAAAACAAACCUUUAUGUUCUGUAGACAGUGAAGGAAAACUCACCAUAAACAACAAUAAUACAACACGUGGCUUCCAUUGUGAGUACAAAGUUGGACAACUGUCCCUUAUUUUUCAAAAAGUGCAGCCACUGGACAUUGGACAGUACAUGUGCAAGCUGCGCUCUAACUGGGGAGUUAAACAUGGAUCUACAGAUGUGAAGUUACAAGAGUGCAAUGCUACUGCUACAGGUGAUAUGACCAGUGACCGCCUCUCCUGCACAUUCAGUCAUGUUUACCCAGACGGUGAUGUACACUGGUUUCACAACACUCGCAGGCUCUCAGGGGAGUCUGUGGUACACAACACUACUAAACAUGUGGAGGACAGUGGUUACCUGACCAUCAGAAGUCACCUGGAGUUGAAAGGUUUGGAGGCGCCCUUCUACUGCUGCUUGAAGAGCACCAAAUCUGGCAGAUACAUUGCAGGCACUUUGGUGGGGAAUCGUCAAUUGUCUAAGGUCCCUCCGCCGCUAGAAAACCACACUGACGUUUUUCGCUCCGACUGCGUACACUACGUAGCCUCCCCUCCCCCAGCCAUCCGUCUGACCGCAAAUGCAUAA